AUGUUGAAAAAGAAGGAGACCCUAACCAUCAUCACGCCCAUCCCGGGCUUCAUCCCUCGCCAACUCGCCAUCGACCUCUUACACUCUCACAGCGAGAUCAUCACCCUAAACCCUCUCGUCCUCAGCCACAAACCCAUCCCCGCACCUCGCAAUGCCGCCGCCGACGAGUACUACAGCACCUGGUACGAGAUUACCGAGCGCAUCCAGUAUCUCCCUGGUCUGGGAAAGAUAGGUUCGGGAAAGCUUACCUUUAAUGGCUGCUUCCACGAUAUGCCGUGGGGCAUGCAGAGUCAUAUUUAUAUUCCUCUCGGUAUCGACAUGAGGAACAAGUACCGAAUCAUGGGAAACCAGCCCGGUCUUGAACCGCCGGAGCAGCCGGAGCUUGGUCUUGAGCAGCUUGGUGCGCCAAAGGAGGGCCUUUAUUUGCGCACUGAUGUUGAUCUCAAGGCAAACAUUACCCUCAUGGGUUUCGUCAAGGCGGAGUCGAGAAAGGCUAGUGUUGAUAUGGUUAACCGUAUGGUUAAGAAAGCUGAGCUUCUUGAUGCUGGAUUGUUGAAGGCUAUGUUUCAGGAUGGAAAGCUCAAGACGUAUAAUCCCAAUGAUCGAUCCGAGGGAAGUCAAGCUCGACAGCAGGCUCUUCAACACCAGGCUACCGGUCUUCCAGACACUCAAUACGCUGUUCCCCAGCCUGGUCCACCAUCCAUGAGCCCAGGUCCUUCAUACCAGCAACCCUACGGAUAUCAGCAGCCUCCGCGCUCACCAACAUACCCAUACGCAAACCCCGACAACGGCGGAUCUCAAUACCCGCAAAGCCCAUACGUCUACCCAACUCAAACACCACCACCUGGGCAUUACCAGCAACAACCACCACCCGUCCCUCCAAAGACCAGCAUCCAGAGCUUCCCCAUGGAAUUGCCUGGUGACUACUACCACCCCCAGCAAUCGCCUGGUCUUCAACCUAGUCCCGGCCACCCACCCGCCAACUACCGCAACUCAACAGGAUCCUACGAUCCACGAUGGUCGCAGUCAACCCAAUCUGCCGGGGACCGCAACAGCGCAUUCUCUCAGUCCACGGGAGGAUAUCAAUCGCCUGCGCUGGGACAGCAGCAGAAUUUCGCCGCCGAGUUGCCUUCUCAUAAUGAGACGUCAGAGGAGCACAAACAUAGAUAA